AUGAGUUCGCGUGGCGUUUUAAUUGCUACCGAUUCCAUGGAAUCAAUGGACAUCCAAGUAAUGGAUCCCUAUAAUCCACGUUCACCAAAAACCCCACCACUGCGUUUGAACAUCAGCAGCAGCGACGAUAAUGGUUUUCCCGCCUGCAGUCCUACGUCAGGUAAUCGCAGUGGUAGUGCUACACCCUGUCUGCUGGUAUGCAAAUGCUUUUCCGAUCAAAAGCUAUCGAAGUGUGUGUGUAAACCGAAUGGAGGAAGCGAUUCUCCUUUGGCUGGCGCCGCUGUUGCUGCUGGUCAGCUACAACAACCCAAAACACCCGGCGCCCUUGAUGAGGCCACUGUCGACGAUGUCUUGCCAAAUGAAAUUUCCGCACCCUAUGAAGUUCCACAAUUUCCCAUUGAGCAGAUCGAAAAGAAAUUACAAAUACAAAGGCAGCUAAAUGUGCGUGCCAUGACGGAUAAACAUUCAAUACAGGGUGAUGCAACGGAUGAUACCAUCAACGUGCUGGAUCAUGAUUUAAUACCAAAUUUCCAACGUGUAUCCAUUUCCGGUGAAGAUACCAGCGGCGUGCCUUUAGAAGAUUUAGAAAGAGCUUCCACUCUGCUCAUACAGGCAUUGGAAAUGCGUUCACGUUAUAUGUCCAUAUCGGAACAAUCGUUUCCAACAACAACUCUGCGUUUCUUGAAAACGGUACACGAAAGUGAUCGUUUCAACAAAAUCCAAUAUGAAGAUCGUAAAUCCAUUGCCGAAUUAAUCCGCAAGAUCAGUCUACCUAUGAUCCAUUUUCCACCCAGAGAUCAUCCCAUUCAUCCACCAACGGAAACCAGCAAUCCCUGGGAUAUUGAAUUUCCACCCGAUAAGAAUUACAGCAUUCGUGCCAUUGAUGGUGUUUAUAAUGUAUUUCUAAAUGAGGAUUCUCAAGAGCCCAUGAUACAAAAUUAUCCCAAAUUGAAGGAUUUCUGUAAUGAUAUGCAAAUCAUGUGUAACAUGAUUGCCGAUGGACCUUUGAAGUCAUUUUGUUAUCGUCGUCUGUGUUAUUUGUCCUCCAAGUUCCAGUUGCAUGUUUUACUUAAUGAACUGAGAGAACUGGCUUCUCAAAAGGCCGUGCCACAUCGUGACUUUUAUAAUAUAAGAAAAGUGGAUACCCACAUCCAUGCCGCCUCCUGUAUGAACCAAAAACACCUAUUGCGUUUCAUUAAAAAGACUUUGAAAAAUAAUGCCAACGAAGUGGUUACCGUUACCAAGGGUCAAGAAAUGACCUUGGCUCAAGUAUUUCAAUCGAUGAAUUUAACAACCUAUGAUCUGACUGUCGAUAUGUUAGAUGUACAUGCCGAUCGUAAUACCUUCCAUCGUUUUGAUAAAUUCAAUGCAAAAUAUAAUCCAAUUGGUGAAUCCCGAUUGCGAGAGGUGUUCUUAAAAACCGAUAACUAUUUGAAUGGUAAAUAUUUUGCGCAAAUUAUAAAGGAAGUGGCAUUCGAUUUGGAAGAAUCAAAAUAUCAGAAUGCCGAGUUGCGUUUAUCCAUCUAUGGCAAAUCACGUGAUGAAUGGAAGAAGCUGGCCAAAUGGGCCAUUGAUUAUAAUGUCUAUUCGACCAACAUACGCUGGCUCAUUCAAAUUCCUCGUCUUUAUGAUAUUUUCAAAUCGAACAAAUUGAUGACAUCUUUCCAAGAUAUUUUGGAUAACAUAUUUUUGCCACUGUUUGAGGCCACCGCCCAACCCAGCAAACAUCCUGAAUUACAUCGUUUCUUACGUUAUGUCAUCGGUUUCGAUUCGGUAGAUGAUGAAUCUAAACCGGAAAAUCCCUUGUUUGAUGGUGACAUUACAACACCACCAAAAUGGACAGAUGAUGAAAAUCCACCAUAUGCAUACUAUAUUUAUUACAUGUAUGCCAAUAUGGCUGUUUUGAAUCAAUUUAGAAAGGAACGUGGCCUAAAUACCUUUGUUCUACGCCCCCAUUGUGGUGAAGCUGGUCCCGUGCAACAUUUAGUCUGUGGCUAUCUAAUGGCUGAGAACAUCUCGCAUGGCCUGCUGCUGCGUAAAGUACCUGUUCUCCAGUAUUUAUAUUAUUUAUCUCAGAUUGGUAUUGCCAUGUCGCCGCUAUCGAAUAAUUCACUUUUCCUCAAUUACCAUCGUAACCCUUUGCCGGAGUAUUUGGCACGUGGUCUAAUUGUAUCGUUGUCUACUGAUGAUCCUCUACAAUUCCAUUUCACCAAAGAACCUCUGAUGGAAGAGUACAGUAUUGCAGCUCAGGUAUGGAAGUUGAGCUCAUGCGAUAUGUGUGAACUGGCACGUAACAGUGUACUGAUGAGCGGUUUUCCACAUAAGAUGAAACAACAUUGGCUGGGUCCAAACUAUACCAGAGAGGGAGUGGCUGGUAAUGAUAUCACCCGCACCAAUGUACCCGAUAUACGUGUUGCCUAUCGUUCCGAAACCUUACUCGAUGAACUAUCCAAUAUCUUUAAGGUUCAUCAACAUCCCCACAUGGAGGAAAGCCCAUAG